CGUCACGGUUGCCAUGGAGAGGCCGGCUCGGUAGCGACCCCGGGCUGAUCCAGCUCCGAAGCCCUGUCCGCUGGCACCAUGAGCGGCCGUAGUAGGGGUCGAAGGUCUUCCCGCGCCAAAGGCCGGGGCAAAGGCCGGGCCAGAGCCCGGGUCCGCGCCGCCGAGGACGACUCCUGGCGUGAUGCGAAGUCGCCAGAGGACCCGCAGCUCGAGGAGGACGACGCGGCCGAGCAGGUGCAGGCCGGAGCUGCUCAGGGAGGCUCGGGAGCAGCCGAGCUCGGGGACGAUGCGGCCCGCCGCCUCCCGCUGGACUGCGGCCUGGCGUUGCGGGCCCGGGCUGCGGGCGAGCGCGGGCUGGCGGCCCCUGAUCCGGACCUGGAGAGGGCCGCAUCCCUCGCCGAGCGCCUGACCUCUGACACCGAAUUCGUGGGAACCGUGGGGGCCUUGGCGAGGCUGCGGCACGGCUCCCGCCUUGGAAAUCGGCGAGUCCCCGGGAGGAAGGCCUCAGAUAUUCGGAGCGCCGCGGGGAGGGGACCUCAGGCCACAGUCAGUGGGAAACCAAAGAUGGGCUCCGCGGGGCCAUGUGUCGCUGUCCCAGUGGGGGAGGAAAGGAAGGUGGCAGAGAAGCAUGCUGGGUCAGGGUCCUCCGUGACAGUAGGCAGCAUGGAUACCCUGGAGACGGUCCAGCUAAAGCUGGAGACCAUGAAUGCACAGGCCGACAGGGCCUAUCUCAGGCUCUCUCGCAAGUUUGGCCAGUUGCGACUUCACCAUUUAGAGCGCCGUAACCUCCUUAUCCAGAGCAUCCCUGGCUUCUGGGGGCAAGCUUUUCAGAAUCAUCCCCAGCUGUCAUCUUUUCUGAAUACCAAAGAUAAGGAGGUAUUGACCUACUUGAACCGACUGGAGGUGGAAGAGCUUGGUCUUGCUAGACUGGGCUACAAAAUCAAGUUCUACUUUGGCCGAAACCCCUAUUUCCAAAAUAAGGUGCUCGUCAAGGAAUAUGGGUGUGGGCCCUCCGGUCAAGUGGUGUCUCGCUCAGCUCCAAUCCAGUGGCUCCCAGGUCAUGAUCUACAGUCCCUAAGCAAGGAAAACCCAGAAAAUAAUGGUAGCUUCUUUGGGUGGUUUUCAAAUCACGGCUCUAUUGAGUCUGACAAGAUUGUUGAGAUAAUCAACGAGGACCUGUGGCCCAAUCCUCUACAGUACUACCUAAUCAGCGAAGAAGCCCGGGGAGAGAAAGGAAAGGAAGAAAGGCCAGGUCCAGCAAAGCAGCCAGCAGAGAUGGCUGAGCCUAGGGUGAAGCAGCCCAAGUGAUGUUGCAGAGAUCUCCCUCCUACCUCCUGCUGUUAGGUUGGCCACGUGGGCUUGGUUGUCAGCCUGGUGUUCAUGCCAUCUCAUAAGAUGUACACGGUAGCCAUCUUGAACUUUUCAAGAAUGUGGCGUUUGUGAUCACGCUCCUUGCUUCCCCAUGGCCUCACCUUGACACGAGAGUCACAUGGUGUGUGAUCUCACGCUCACUGCUUGCAUAUUAAGCACUUAAGAUGUAUACAGCUUUACAUGACCCAGUCCCCGUUCUUAGCGCUGGUCCUCCCCACCUGUCUUUCAUGUGGACAUUCUGAGUCAUCGUCCAGACGGAUACUCAAGCAACGGCUACUUCGUGACCAGUCAGCGGGGCUUUGUCUUCAUUUUAGCCAUGCAUGUUAUCAAUGGCAAGAUUCUCUGUUGACAUCACAAGAUGAAGCCAGUGCACAUGGCAUUGGCCAUCAGCCACAAUUUAUCUGUGGGUCUGGGGACAGUAACCAAGGCUCUUCCUAUUUUAUCUCCAGCUUCAGCCUAGGGUCCAGCAGACUACUGGGUGUGGAUGAGGUCAAGGGCAAGCAGGAGUCAGUUUUGUUUUCUUCACUUCACACAUCUCUUCUUGCCUCUGGGCCACUCUACUAGUGAACCUUCAUCAGAGUCUGACCAUGCCUGUUUGCAGUCAGCCCUUUGACUAUUGGCUACAUCAGCCCUUUGACUAUUGGCUACGUCAGCCCUUUGACUGUUGGCUUCUGGCUCCAACUGACUUGUUCAUGAAAGACCUCAAGAACUGCCUAUCGACCCAGGCACCCUCCUCCCAGUGCAUGAGCUACAAACCUACUCUCUCCAGACUUUAGGAACCCUCUUGGUGGGCAACCUGGUAUUUGUGAGCAUAUGCUUGUUGCUGUCAUGUUGUGAGCCCUGAGGACGGUAGGGCUUUGGACCACAGCAUUAUCAACUAGGAAUCUGUGUCAACUUUCCUUAUUCUCUGCUAAGAUGGGACAAGAAUACUUUAAUGGAAGGCUAGGAAGAGAGAUUUUUCAUUUGUAUGCCUGUGUUUGCUUCAUACCCCCAUGCAACUUAGUCUUCUUCCCUAUCUACCUACCUCCUGACCCUCCUACUCUCUUCAUCCCCCCACAACCCCUGCCACCCACAUUUAAAAUAGUAUCACAAAGCUCAGACAAAGAACAUCAUCAACCAGGCUUUAUACAGCUAGGGAGGUAGGUAGGGGCUUUCUCUGCACCCUCAUGUUGUAAGCUAAGAUAGGAUAAAGAAAAACCAGAAGGCCUCAAGAGGGUCUAUGGUCAGAUCUGGGUCCUGAUCCUGGACUCACUCUGUGCUCUAAAGUUGUAUACAUCUGCUAGAAUUAGAAACCCUAAGGCAGCAGUGUUGUGGUCUCCAGUUUUGUCUUCUGUGUGUUUCUUUUCCUAAUGUCUCCAUUGGUGGCCUGUGCAGCUGGGAUCCUCAGCCCCCCAGCUUUCCCACUCAACAGUCCUUGGCUGCCUUUGCUUCUUAGUGCAAAUAUACUCACUAUGGGGGAAUCCCUAGGUGUUCCCAGGAACAGGCACAGGCGGAACCUGUUCUGGACAUUUCUGGUAAGUGUACAGACUAAGCUGGGCUUCUUCUGUCCAGGCUUGCCUGUGUCCUGACUUGCCUUGUGUGUAGAGUUCUCUCAGCCAGUCCUUCCUCAAAGCCACAUUAUGCUCUGAAGGACUUAAUCCUAACCUCUGCAAGGGGUCCUUGACUCAGUGGUCAGGGGAUGAUAGGCAGGGAAAUCAGGCCAAGAACAUGGAAUAGGUAUGAGCCUGGUAUGGAGUGGACCAGAAGAAACUUGGCUGCAGAGUAGUCUCAGCGGUGGAGGUGACAGGAGAGACCUUACUCAGGGUUGGGAAGGGAGAACUAGAGGGGUUGUUAGUAAGUAUGACACCUGGGCAAGGAUGGACCCAGAGUUCUGGACAAUCUUUAUCAUCAUUAGUGAGGUUUUUUUCCUUUUUGUAGUCACAGAAAGAAACCAAAAACAAUGUUACUGUGUUGGAUGUUUUCCUGUUCCAGGUGCAGCCUUGUAUGUGUGGAAGAUGACGCUAUAUGCUAUGUAUUUAGCCUCUAAGUAAAAUCUUACCACUUUCUGUAGUUUUGCCUAAUGUGGAAAAUAGAGCUGUACAAAUUUGCUUUAAAAUACUGUUUGCUCCUUGUUAUGUAAAUUUCUAUAAACAGGUGUAGAGGAAGUGGUCCUUGGACCCUGUGUGCCUUCUGUCUCGCAGCAUCCAACAUCAGCUAUGAGCAACCGAGCUUCACCUGUAGCUCCUCUUCCUCCUGCAUUGUUUAUUGAAGUCCAAGGUACUAAGCCUAUGCAGUCAGAUGCACUUUGGGAGAUUGGGACUCUGGUGUUGAUAGUUGCGGGGUGCACUCUGAUGAUCACAGCAAGACGGCUUCUGUCCAUUUUGUGUAAAUUAAUGAUUUUCCACAAGUGGGCCUCAUAAGUGUGUCUUCAAAAUUAGUGUAACUCAAAGGUGUUGAGGAUAUUCUGCUGUCCCCCACAUCAGCAAAGGAAGAGGCCACUUGGUUGUAAAUCCGUCUAAGACUGUGAUAUAAGGUACCCUUUACAAUGUCAGUCUGUCCUGCUGUUAACAUAGACACUUGUAUGAACUGUUAUGAUUGCUGUGUUCUGUGAAAUUAAUCUCUCCAACAUAAUCUUUUACUGGUUGUUGUAGUUGAUAUUUGAUACCCUGGUAAUAAUGCGAUUAUUUCCCUAUUCCUAAGCAGCAUAAAUAUUUGCAAGUGUGCAUGUAUGGUGGAAAAAUAGUAAUAAAAUUCUUGUGUUACUGUUCUA